AUGGCCAUGCAUGUUCAUAGCUGUUUCUGCUUCUUCUUCACCAUCGCCGUCAUAACCAUCUUCUCCGCAAAGCCGUCGUUGUCACAGCCGCAAGCCGCCGAUUCUUGCAACGGAAUACUCCUGUCGUAUGUUCACACCGGCGGCGCGAAGCUUCCGCCGAACGUUUCCGACACGGCGCAGCAACCGUACCGGUUCGAGUCCACGCUCACGGUGCUCAACAACGGGCUCGAGGAGCUUCAGGCUUGGAGGGUGUUCGUGGGGUUUCAGCACCAUGAGUGGUUGGUCUCUGCUUCCAAUGCAGUGCUCGCCGACGGCACGAGCCUCCCCGGCUCCGUCGGGAACGGCACCGUUUUUGCUGGGUCCGGCGUGACCGAUCUUAAGACGGCGGCGGCGACUGCUGGGGACUUGACCCAGAUGCAGGUUCGGGUCGAAUUGGUGGGGACCCAGCUUGGGGUGGCGCCACCCAGCGUCCCCAUGCCUUCUAGCAUAAACCUGGCUAAUGAUGGAUUCGUUUGUGGUAAACCCAUUGGUCAAGGGAACAAUGAGACUCAUGUCUGUUGCACAAGUGAUCCCAAUUUCAAAACAAACAUAGCUACAGAUGAAGAGUUUCUACCUAGACAGAAUGGUGAUCUUAGCAUCAUGUAUGAUGUGAUCAAAGCAUACGAUUCCAAUUACUGGGCUGAGGUUACAAUUGCAAACCAUAACCCCCUUGGCCGUCUUGACAACUGGAGAUUAAGCUGGGACUGGAACAAUGAUGAGUUUAUAUUCACAAUGAAAGGGGCAUAUCCAUCUAUUGUUGAUUCUUCUGAGUGUGUCUUUGGUCCACAAGGUGUAUUCUACAAGGAAAUUGACUUUGCCAAUGUAUUGAAUUGUGAAAAAAGACCAACCAUAAUUGAUCUCCCUCCUACAAGGUUCAAUGAUUCAGACCUUGGCAAAAUUCCAUUUUGCUGUCGGAAUGGUACUAUAUUGCCACCAUCAAUGGAUCCUAGCAUGUCAGCUUCAAGGUUCCAAAUGCAGGUGUACAAAAUGCCACCAAACAUUAACCGCUCCCAGCUUUCACCACCACAAAACUGGGAGAUAAAAGGUACACUCAACCCUGACUAUGCAUGUGGUGCUCCUGUUAGGGUGAGUACUAGUGAAUCUCCAGACGCAACAGGGUUACCAUCAAACAUAUCUGCAAUUGCUAGUUGGCAGGUUGUUUGCAACAUAACAACAAAGUCAAAAGGUGCAACACGUAAAUGUUGUGUCUCAUUUUCAGCCUAUUAUAAUGAAUCAGUUAUUCCUUGUAACACAUGUGCAUGUGGGUGCCCCAAUAACCCACACAGAACCUGUAGUACUGAUGCACCAGCUAUGUGGCUUCCAUCAGAUGCACUUCUUGUUCCUUUUGAGAAUCGAACUGAAAUGGCUGUUACUUGGGCUAGCAUGAAACACCUACCAGUGCCCAACCCUAUGCCUUGUGGUGACAACUGUGGUGUGAGCAUUAACUGGCAUGUAUAUACAGAUUACCGUCGAGGUUGGACUGCAAGGAUCACACUUUUUAAUUGGGAUGAGACAAACUUUGUUGAUUGGUUUGCAGCAGUACAAAUGGACAAAGCAGCAACAGGUUUUGAGGAAAUGUAUUCAUUCAAUGCAAGUACCUUAGGCAGCUUAAACAAUACAAUAGUCAUGCAAGGUAAGCAGGGAUUGAACUUUCUUGUAGCAGAAACAAAUGGUUCUGACCCUCGAAGAGAUCCUAGAGUACCAGGGAAACAACAGUCUGUAAUCUCAUUUACAAAGAAAAAUACUCCUGGAAUCAAUGUGGCUGGUGGUGAUGGAUUUCCCAGUAAAGUGUUCUUCAAUGGGGAGGAAUGCUCUCUUCCAUCUGUAUAUCCAAGCAGUGGUUUGAGGAAGCAGCUUUCCUUGGCUACUACGAUGUUCCUAAUACUGUUGCCCAUCAUCUUGAUGCUGCAAUAGUGGCUUUGUUUGAUUUUGGAUGAGUGGCUGUUGUUCUGAGACAGGAUUUAUAUAGUUGAUCAUCAUAGAAACUCAGUGAGAAACAUCAUGCUGUGUAUCCAUUUCGGAUGUUGUGGCAA